AUGUUGAUGAAGAAUACUCACCAGACUGGUUCGCUCACAUUCCAGAUCAAGGACAACACAAUCAAAGUGAACUGCCAGGGCUUCUGUGGAGUGACCAGCAAAUCAAAUGACACAGACUGGACAGAGGAGGAGCAGUACUUCAGCAGCUCAGUCUCAAUAGCAGAUAAAGGCACUCUGAAAGACGGCGAGCACACUUUUUCCUUCAAGUUUCUCUUGCCAGCUGCUGCACCUACAUCAUUUGAAGGGCCUUAUGGAAGGAUUAUAUACAGAGUUCGGGCUUUCAUAGACACACCUCGUUUUACAAAAGACUACAAGAUAGAGAAGCCCUUCUCUAUGAAGAACACAGUCAACCUGAAUGAAAUACCUGGUAUUCAGGAACCUAGCUCCUAUUCUGUAACCAAGAAUUUCUCAUACAUGCUUGUGAAAAAUGGGACAGUGGUGCUGAAAGCUAAGAGUGACAUGCGAGGAUAUAUCACUGGACAGAUCAUAAAAGUGUUUGCUGAGAUUGAAAACAAAUCUGAUAAGUCAACAGGUCAUGUGGUUGCCAGUCUAAUGCAGAAAGUUACAUAUAAUACCAAGAAGCCAACAUAUGACGUGCGGACCGUAGCGGAGGUAGAAGGACCUGGAGUUAAGGGUGGACAAAAAACUGAAUGGAAGGAGCAGAUAAUUGUACCUUCUCUUCAUCUGUCCACUCUGACUGAUGGAAACCUCAUCCAAAUCUGCUACUACAUUCAGGUCUAUUUGAAAUACCCAGAGGUAUCAUUAACUCUGCCCAUUUACAUUGGAAGCAUCGCAGUGGAUCCAACUCGGCCUUCCAUCUCCCGGCCGGUUCCACCCAUGCCAGCCCCACGUAAUAACCCCACCCCUGCUCCUGUCCCUGCUCCUGCCCCUUCUCCUGCUGCUGCUGCUCCCGCCGAAUCUGCUCCACCCAGCCUGCCACCACGUACAACCCCAAAACCUGCACCCAAACCCAGGCCUCGUAGCACCUAUGCAUCCCUCAAUGUGCUUCCCCCUGAUCUGUACCCAGAACUCCCAGGUGUGGCUAACUACAACGGGGAAAUGCCAAAGAGUCCACAGCAUGAGUCUGGUUCCCAGGCUCCAGUGUCUCCCAAUGCAUUCAGCUACGCUCCUGGACUCAGCUUCAGACAGAAACAGAGCUCCAACGGCCCAUCAGCACCCCCCUUCACUUCAUCCACCAGCCCUCAAGACAGGAAUGCAAUGUCCUCUUCAUUGAGCUUGCCUCCAAACUAUAGGAGUUCACCAUAUCCACAUGGUAUGGCAUGGUUAUAA